GUUGUGGUUACACAAAUUAUCCUCACUAGCAACGCCUUAGCAACGCGUUUUUACCAUAUAUCCUCGCCCGAUACAGCCAUGAACUAGCUUUUCUGGUUUCUACUUUUGAAGUAUGGUAUUUAAAGACCUAUUUUCCUUGCUGUGAUUUGAUUGGUCCGUUUUAGAAGCAUGCUUGAUCAUAUAUUCAUAUUUUUGCAUAGCAAAUUCACGAUCGUCUUUGACACGUUGGCUGUAAACUUCUGUUCGAAAUUCUUCCGUUUUCCUCGAUAUUUAGUCGCAAAUUACAUUUGUUUGUUGAAUAUUGGUUUGGUUUAGUUAUUUGUUUCUGGUUUCCCGUACGAAAAUGGGAAAUGUUCGUAAUAGGAAGCGAAAACGGGCAAGAGUUGCUUGGCAGAAACAAACCAAAAAAUUCAAAGAUGGCGUAUCAAGUAAUAAAAAUCUCGGACCUUCUAAGACGAAGAUUGGCGAUAUAGAGGGACGGUUUGGCAAGAACUCUGCUUUCAUGGGCUCAGAAAAUGAAGGAACUAUAUUUAUGGACAUGUCAAUUCUAUUUGGCGUGUUUAACGAAGUUUUAAAAUGUCCUGAAUGUGGUCACAAAAUGACUUCUCAUGUUGACUUGAAGAAGAAGCAUGGCUUCUCACAUUACAUUGUGCUAGAAUGUGAACAUACCGAGUGUGACUGGAAAUACUGCUUUAAUACUUCAAAGAAACAAGGACCAUCAUUUGAAGUAAAUGUGAGAGCUGUCCUUUCAUUUAGAGAGAUUGGUAGAGGUCAUAAUGCUAUGGUGACUUUUACCAAACUUAUGAACAUGCCAUCACCACCAACACGUCGCAACUUCACGAAAAUACAGAACAAAAAAUUACUGCCUGUUAUAAAACAGGUAGCAAAUGACAGUAUGGUGAAGAAUGCCAUAAAUGUUAAAGAGUCUUGUGGAAAUGAGAGGGGUGAGUGUGGUAUUUCUUUGGAUGGUACUUGGCAAAGACGAGGCCAUGUCUCACAUAAUGGCGUCGUCACGGCAAUAAGCUUGGAUACCAAGAAAGUUCUGGAUGUCGAGAUACUCUCCGACAAGUGUCAAGCAUGCCAGAAAUGGAAUAAGAAACAACAUGACCCCAAAUACCAAGAGUGGAAGGCAAACCACCAGUGUAAGAUAAACCACACCGGGAGUGCUAACUCGAUGGAAGCAGUUGGUGCAUCACGUAUUUUCGAAAGGUCCCAGUUAACACGAGGUCUACGAUAUAAGGACAUGCUUGGUGAUGGUGAUUCCUCAACCUACAAUAACAUUGUCCAGAGCAAGCCUUAUGGAGAUGAAUGUAUACCAAAGAAAUUGGAGUGCAUUGGUCAUGUCCAAAAACGGGUUGGUAGCAGGUUGCGGAGGUUGAAAAGUUCGAAGAAAGGUUUGAAGUUGGCUGAUGGGAAAGGACUUGGAGGUAAAGGCAGAUUAACUGAUGGCAAAAUUGAUGUACUACAAAACUACUAUGGACUUGCUGUUAGGGAGAAUUUAAGUGAUGUAGACCAAAUGGCCACAGCAAUCAAAGCAAGUUUGUACCAUGUUGCUUCAACCGACUCGAAUCCCCAGUAUCAUCUGUGUCCGGAUGGCGAAGAUAGUUGGUGCGGAUACAAGAGGGAGGAAGAGUCCUACAAGCACAAGAAUGGUCUUCCUGGGUGCAUUGUGAAGGAAAUUGAACCUAUCUUCAAUGAACUGAGCCAACCUGAAUUGCUCCAAAAGUGCACACAUGGAAUGACACAAAAUGUCAAUGAGUGCCUAAAUGGCCUAAUUUGGGAUCGCUGUCCCAAAACCACAUAUGUGGAACAGGAAACAGUAGCUCUGUCAACCUAUUUGGCUGUCUUGAAGUUUAAUGAUGGGGACAUUUCCAUUCUAAAAAUACUUCAAGACUUGGAUAUCACGCCAGGUCUAUUUACUGUUGAAGGAUGUCAAGAUUGCGAUCAAUCGCAAAUUGAGCUAUCUGCCAAAAAGAGCACAGAAAGGGUAAAAGAUAGAAGAAAAACAUUAAGACACCUUGGAAAAAAGUAUAUUGAUGAUAUACAAGAGAAAGAAGGUGUAGUUUAUGAAGCUGGGAGCUUUUAACACUAUGUAAGAUACAUUGACAGUAUAGCAAACUUUUAAAUUCAAUUUUCUAAUUUUUACCAUUUCUCAGGUGUCAUCAAACUUUGUGACAUCAUAAUUUUGUAAAUAUUAAAUGUAUCAGAUUGAUAUUUGGCUUGGGUACUUUCAAUACUAUUAUCUAGUGAAUAAAGCAGUCCAGAUGUUUAUAUCUUUUAUCAUUCAUGAAUUAUUUGCUAAUUCCUUCCGCAAACACAUGAAUUUAUUCCAAAAAAUAUUCAAUUAUCUGAAAACUGGCCUAACUUUUUUUAGAAAUAAUUUUAAUCAAAAUUGAAGAGCUUUAGGCAUUAGUUCAUGUUUCAAGCUUUGUAAAAAUAUCUUGUUCAUCAAAUUUGGUUUAAUUGGUUCAUGAGUAAUGAUGUUUAUGACGCUUUGCAAUUAUGCGCUAAUUAGUGGCCGCCAUAUUGGAUAAUUAGUGUAAUUAACAAUUUUCCCAAAUUUUUUUUCUAUAAAUUAAUUUUCUAU